AUGUCCACGGCCUGGAACCAGCUCUCCUCCGCUACUCUCUCUCUCCUCCCUCUGUCUCAUCUCCUUCACAUUUCACUCCUCUCUCUUCUUCCUCCCCAUCCCUCCUCCCUCCUCCCCCCUCUCUCUCCUCUCCCCUAUCCCAUCUCCCUCCUCUCUCCCCCCCCUCUCUCUCUCUCCUCCCUCCUCUCCCCUAUCCCAUCUCCCUCCUCUCUCCUCCCCCCUCUCUCGCCCUCCCCUCUCCUCCCUCUCUCCUCCCUCCUCUCCCCUAUCCCAUCUCCCUCCUCUCUCUCCCCCCUCUCUCGCCCUCCCCUCUCCUCCCUCUCUCCUCCCUCCUCUCCCCUAUCCCAUCUCCCUCCUCUCAACCCCCCCCCCUCUCUCCCCUCCCCUCUCCUCCCUCUCUUCCUCCCUCCUCUCCCCUAUCCCAUCUCCCUCUCUCUCCUCCCCCCUCUCUCUCCCUCCCCUCUCCUCCCUCUCUCCUCCAGGCCUUGCUCUCUCUGUGGAGAUGAUGUUCUUACUGUUGUUAGAGUUGGAAUCACAGGAUCCCAGAGAAGGCUAUAG